AUGACCCCAGUCACCGCGGAAAGGCUGCUGUCAGACUUAUCAACGCAACUGGAUCCUUUUAUCCGCUUUCUCAGUAUCGACUUGACCUCGGUCAUCCUAGAAGGAGUUUCAGACCAAGGAUGCCUGCGGGCUGUGGAACUCAUAGCAACGGGAACGAACACCUACAUCUGGUUACAACGGAUCCAAGAAAUUCAUCAAUGGACCAACCUGGCUUUGUGGGAGCAAGAUUGGCUUCGACGGACUGGACGCAAUAAGCCUACACCAUGCUCGGGGUCCCAUCGACUAGGCACCAUGACCACAUUCAUCCAGGAAGAGAAAUUAUCCGACAGUCACAAGACCAAGAAAGCACUGCAGCAUGGGCGCAGACUGAUACGAUUUGAAUAUGAACUUGGAGCUGGAAUUACGCUUCUUUUCAUACCAGUCCUUCCUGCUUUCCGUUGUUUGACCUUAGCUGAAGAAGCUAGGACAAUGGAGAUGCUGCGGGAUGGCGACUUUGCAAACAUCAUGUACCAGGCGCAAGUUCUGGCUUGCCUGAGGUUCAAUUAUCAACGCAUCCAUGGAAUUUAUCCC